AUGGCGACGCAAGGCUUGCGAACGAUAAUCGCGCUUUCAUUUAUCCUAGCUAUCGGCUUUCUCCUCGUUAUUCUAUCAGCGGCUCUAUGGCACAACUUCCUUCCGCUCACAGUCGUUGCGACGUAUAUAAUUGCACCACUACCAAACUGGAUUUGUAGCCAAUGUGGCAAUCCUGAUGAUUUUAUGGAAAGCUCGGGAAGCGCGAUCGUGGACUUUGGACGCUUCCUGACUGGGUUCUUGGUGCUUAUGGGAAUAGCUCUUCCAACGGCACUCGCGCAUAGUGGUGCUAUCGAGGUGCCUGCAAUGAUCAUGUCAAUCCUUGGUGGUCUUCUUAUUUACGGCACCAUCAUCAGUUUCAGCAUGUUUUUCAGGGAGCAAGAGGAGUUUUGA